AUCCACUUCGCUAGUCCCGGGCAGAAAUUAUAGCGCGAAAGUUUCCGCAUUCUCUCGUCUUCAACCCUCACGUGCUCUGUUCCUGCCGCCACAACCAGAGCAUGAAGCCCCUCAUUGUCUCCACCAUCUUCUUCCUCAUUUCGCUUCACUCUUUUGCAGAUGCUGGCUCAAUAGGGGUGAACUAUGGUCGUGUGGCGAACAAUCUUCCGUCGGCGUUGAAGGUGGUUCAGCUGAUGAAGUCUCAGGGAAUAGAGCGCACGAAGGUAUACGACACCGAUCCUGCCGUUCUCAAAGCAUUGUCCGGUUCCGGUAUCAAGGUCACUGUAGAUCUGCCGAACGAGCAGCUCGUCCAGGCAGCGAAAAAGCCCGCAUUUGCUUACGCAUGGGUCCAGAGGAACGUCGCCGCUUACCACCCUCACACGCAGAUCGAAGCCAUUGCCGUCGGAAACGAAGUCUUCGUGGAUCCACAUCACACCACUAACUACCUCGUACCCGCCAUGAAAAACAUUCAGCAAGCUCUCGUCAAGUACAAUCUUCACUCCGAUAUCAAGGUUUCUUCCCCCAUUGCUCUCAGUGCUCUGGGAAACUCGUACCCUGCUUCAGCUGGAUCAUUCCGACCCGAACUCAUCGAACCCGUUUUCAAGCCACUUUUGGCUUUUCUCCGCCAAACAGGGUCGUAUCUAAUGGUUAACGUGUACCCAUUUUUCGCUUACGAGUCUAACGCUGACGUUAUCUCUUUAGACUACGCAUUGUUCAGGAACAACCCUGGUGUGGUGGAUCCCGGUAAUGGGUUGAAGUACUACAACCUCUUCGACGCUCAAAUCGACGCCGUUUUUGCCGCUCUGUCUGCUCUGAAAUAUGAUGACCUUAAGGUCGUUGUCACCGAAACGGGAUGGCCCUCCAAGGGAGACAAUAAUGAGGUGGGUGCCAGCGUAGAGAACGCCGCUGCUUACAACGGCAAUCUCGUCCGUAAGAUACUCACCGGCGGUGGAACCCCCCUGAGACCCAAAGCAGAUCUCACCGUUUAUUUGUUCGCCAUGUUCAAUGAGAACCAGAAGCCGGGCCCCACGUCGGAGAGGAAUUUCGGUUUGUUCUACCCCGAUCAGAAGAAGGUCUACGAUAUUCCCUUAACCGUGGAAGGUCUUCGGCACUACCACGGUCAACCGUCUUCGUCGUCGUCGUCUCCAGCUCCGGCAGGCGGUCACCAGCAAACAUCGCCGUCCCCCGCUCCUCCUGUCAACGGCGGAGGAGGGGUGUCCAAGAGCACAACGGCGACGUCGUGGUGUGUGGCAAAUCCGAAUGCCGGGAAAGAGAAGUUGCAGGUGGCUCUAGAUUAUGCCUGUGGCGAGGGGGGUGCUGAUUGCCGCCAGAUCCAGCCAGGUUCCACGUGUUUCGAUCCCAACACCCUCGAGGCACACGCGUCGUACGCUUUCAACAGUUACUAUCAAAUAAAGGCACGCGCGGGGGGCAGCUGCUACUUUGGAGGAGCGGCGUACGUGGUCACGCAACAGCCUAAGUAUGGAACCUGUGAGUUUCCAGCAUGAUGCCACUGAAGAUGAAUUGAAGAGAACUGACAUCCAAUAUAUAAAGAAUAUACAAUGACACAUUUGGGCUGAUUUUGCUGUGUAAAAAGGGAAGGCGGUGAAUGAGCAGAAAGGGUUAGGAUGGGGAAAAGCAGUGCGAGAUAUUUAUUACAGUGUGGCUGUCUGAUGAUUUAAUUUUUUGGGGUUUCGGAAUGUAUUAAUAAUGACGAUGCUAUAUUUGGUGGGGGUUAGGUAGUGUAUUAACUUGGAGGAGACCUCAUUUGCAUGUAGCUGGAACUUCACUCUGUUGUACUAGUAUAUAUAUAUGUUGAGUUGGCUGUUCGUUCACCCUAAUUAGUUUAAACUA